CUGUGCUGUAAACCUAUGAGCCAACUGGCCCCGAUGCCUUGUUUCCUAGGUUGAAGAAUGUAUGGCAUUCUAGCCUUUAACUCACUGGCUAUCGCACUGAGUUUUUAGUCUAUAAAAAAGAACUUGAAGUAGAAGCUAAGGAAAGACAGGAGGCAAAGAAACCAUCAUGCAAUCAGAGUUAUACGUUCACAAAAGAGAAAUGGUGACAAAAUCUCAACUUGGAAUCCUCGUCUGGGUCAUUCUGGGGACUCUAUGGCUUCAGAAUCUCUUAGAUGACGUGUCUGGUGCCGUACAUGGCGAUCUUCCUACCCAUGGCCAAUCCCUCAGUGAUGCAAACCUGAUGUUUGAGUUCUUGUUGGGUGGAGUAGAGAUCGACAAAGACAACAACAUCAUCUUGCUGGACCUGGAGAUGGCAUCCAUGAGGCAGGGACGGGCCUUCCUGGCUCGCAUCAACGACAACAUCCCCAAGACCCUCUUUUCCAUGGAGCAGAUGGUGAAGGACCUGGAGGACCAGAGAGGGGCUAUCCCUCUGGCUGCACCCCUCUUUGAGAGCCUCAUCCUGGGCAUAGUCUACUCUGCCCACCAGGCCAAGCUCCAGGAGAGAGAGGAGGAACAGGAGAAAUGGGGAGAGGUGCUGAAACGUUUAGCUAAUGUUACAGUCAACGAACUGCGUAGACCGGAAGCCAUCACAACAUUUACUUAGAUUUGAAUACAGACUGUUCAUUAGCCUGGUCCCAGAUCUGUUUGUGCUGUAUUGCAAAAUACCAGUUGGUAAGACAGGAGUUGGCAAGGCAGCACAAACUGACCUGGGACCAGGCUAACUAUUCAUCAGUUUAAGGGACCAGGUUAACUAUUCAUCAAUUUAAGGGACCAGGUUAACUAUUCAUCAAUUUAAGGGACCAGGCUAACUAUUCAUCAGUUUAAGGGACCAGGCUAACUAUUCAUCAGUUUAAGGGACCAGGUUAACUAUUCAUCAGUUUAAGGGACAAGGCUAACUGUUCAUCAGUUUAAGGGACAAGGCUAACUAUUCAUCAGUUUAAGGUGAAGAAUAAAUACACAAUCAAGUUCAAGCUCAAAUUUAUUUUUUUAAUAAAGUAUAAAAAGUUUAUAAAAAAGUAACAACUUAUCACCAGAAGCAGAGGUAUAUAAAACAUCUGAAACACAAGAUAUAUCUUGGAAACACUGUAGAACAGCGAUCAAUCUUGUGAGACAUAUUUCAAACAUCUGUGGAUGUUAUGUUGUGUGGAGUCAAAGUCACAAUUGUCCCUGUUUAUAACAAAUGGGAAUGGAACAUUUUCAAUAAAACACAUGACUUGAAUAAGAAACAAACAGAUUACAAAUAAAUCCAGGUAACUGACAAAAUUAAAGGAAACACUUGAGUAAAUGAGGGACACAAAGUAAACCCAGAAAAAAAAGAAACGUCCCUUUUUCAGGACGCUGUCUUUCAAA